UUUUAGAUUGUCAGUAUUUAAACAGACCACAUCAUGCGUGAGUACAAGCUAGUGGUCCUUGGUUCAGGAGGCGUGGGAAAGUCUGCUCUGACAGUUCAGUUUGUUCAAGGAAUUUUUGUUGAAAAAUACGACCCAACGAUAGAAGAUUCCUACAGAAAGCAAGUUGAAGUAGAUUGCCAACAGUGUAUGCUGGAAAUCCUGGAUACAGCAGGGACGGAACAAUUUACAGCUAUGAGGGAUUUGUAUAUGAAGAAUGGCCAAGGAUUUGCACUAGUAUAUUCUAUUACAGCUCAGUCCACAUUUAAUGAUUUACAGGAUUUAAGGGAACAGAUUUUACGGGUUAAGGACACAGAAGAUGUUCCAAUGAUUUUGGUUGGCAAUAAAUGUGACCUGGAAGAUGAGCGAGUAGUUGGCAAAGAACAGGGCCAGAAUUUAGCAAGACAGUGGUGUAACUGUGCCUUUUUAGAAUCUUCUGCAAAGUCAAAGAUCAACGUUAAUGAGAUAUUUUAUGACCUGGUCAGACAAAUAAAUAGAAAAACACCAGUGGAAAAGAAGAAGCCUAAAAAGAAAUCAUGUCUGCUGCUCUAGACCUGAAGUCAGCAGCAGCUCUGAGCCAGAUUAUAGGAAUGAAGAACUGUUGCCUAAAUGGAAAGUGCCAGCAUUCCAGACUUCAAAAAAUAAAUCCGAAGAGGCUUCUCCUGUUUUAUAUAUUAUGUGAAGAAUUUAGAUAUUAUAUUGGUUUGCACAAGUUCCCUGGAGAAAAAAUUUGCUCUGUGUAUAUCUCUUGGAAAAUAAGACAAUAGUGUUUCUCCUUUGCAAUAGCAAUUAUAACAGAUGUGAAAAUAAAUAUACUUGACUCUAAUAUGAUUAUACAAAAGAGCAUGGAUGCAUUUCAAAUGUUAGAUAUUGCUACUAUAAUCAAAUGAUUUCAUAUUGAUCUUUUUAUCAUGAUUCCUCCUUGUCAAGCACUAAAAAGUUGAACCAUUAUACUUUAUAUCUGUAAUGAUACCAAUUAUGAAAUUUUUCCUCAACUCAUUGCAGCAGAUAACUUUUUUGAGUCGAUUUCAUUUUAUAUUUAAAAAUUAUGAAAUAUCAUCUGUCAUUAUAUUCUAAUUAAAAUUGUGCAUAAUGCUUUGGAAAAAUGGGUCUUUUAUAGGAACAAACUGGGAUAACUGAUUUCUAUGGCUUUCAAAGCUAAAAUAUAUAAUAUACUAAACCAACUCUAAUAUUGCUUCUUGUGUUUUACUGUCAGAUUAAAUUACAGCUUUUAUGAAUGAUUAAAUUUUAGUACAUUUUCAUUUGGUUUGUGUGUUUUUGUUAUUGUUCGUAGAUCUAAAGCCUUUAUUUUAUAAUGACCACGUUGUUCUAAGUGCAACAGUAGCUACUUUGUACCUGAUAGCUGCAGAACAGUUGGCUUUAAACUACACUAACUGGCGAUUGCUCUAGAAACAGACUUCCUGCUUUCUGUCCUAGAUAUAUUUAUUCCAGUAUGCAGUAAACUACAUUGGAGUACAUAGAAUCAUUUUGUAUAUUCUAUCUGAAUCUUAAAGAUUGUAUCUUACUGAAUAAAGUAUCCCACUGUGUAUUAUUUUUAUAUGUAAAAAGAUAAGUUUAAUACUGUAUCAGGGUUUAACUUUUACUAUUUCAAUCUUCCACAGCGUGUAAUUUUAUUAAGGGACUCCUUUUGCCAUUGUUAAUUUACUAGGUCUGGGUCCACCAGUUAAGUGUUAUGUGGAAAUUUUAAAAUUUGCUUUAUAAUGGUUUGAAGAAUUUGAGAGAAGUCAGUGAAAGUUAAAACACAUAAAAGGGAUGUUAGUAACUUUUGCUCCAAGAACUAGAUAUGAACUAGUAUAGUACUAGUAAUAUUUUUUAAAAAAGUUAAAUUUUUAGCUGGCUAUAUAGUGGUGCUUUGCUUUUCCUUCCCAGUUAUUUCCAUUUUUACAAAAGACAGAGCUCAAGUAGGACAUGGAUCCGGGGUGAUACUACUUACGUGUUCUCCAUAAAGAGAGGUAGAACAAACAGCUUGUCAGCCAGUUAAGUGCUAGACAAGAAGAGAAACAAGCUUAGGAAACCCUGUGCCUUGUCCCCAACUGUCGAGGAGGAGACCAGUCCUAGAAAGUCUAAAUCAGUGCUCAGGGAUCUAGAUACUGUCUCAUUGCAACUAGAUGUGAAGUAGUGUUCAUGUGGUCAGCCCAUCAGUUAUUACAUUGGAACUUAAAAGUCAGCUUUCAAAUAUAAGCUUUGGCCAACUGAGUAAAUGUUAAAAAUAUUGUUUUAAAAGUUGGAAAUUGUAUUACUUUGAGUUUCUAAUAAACUUAGUUACCUAACACUU